GGGAGCAGUCACUCGGCAGCGGCCGUCGGGACCGGUGCACGCGUCACACGCAACUGACAUUUCAAUUUGACAGCUGUGGCUGUCCAUCACGCGCCCUUUGCAUCAAAAAACUAGUGCGGAAUUAAGAAAUCAUGCUAAUCGAUUUCGAUAAAUAUUAAUGUGCAUUCAGAUGAACUGACUUCAUUUAUUUGUGAACUGUGUAUAAUAAACUUGUAGCUGCAUAAGUGAGAUGGCGUUCGAAGACCGUUGCAGUCCGAACCAGGCGAACAGCCCUGGGCCCGUGACGGGGAGAGUUCCUGCCCCACACCCCGAGACACCGAUGAGCUACUGCCCCCCAAGUCAGUAUACUUGCACCACGAUAGACUCGAGAUACGAGCGAACCUCCCCAAAUAUGACGAUAGUCAAAGUGCAACCGAACUCUCCGCCCCCAAGUCCUAUGAAUCAGAGCGAGAUGGAUGGAUUCCAGAACUACUACAGACCUGAAACGCCUGAUGUGAAGCCCCAGAUAGGAACAGAAGACCAGCGGUUUGGUGAUGACAAAUUAAGGGCACAAAGGCCUCAACCAUCUGUGCCUAUAGCCUUCUCAAUCAACAACAUUCUACACCCUGAAUUUGGACUCAACGCGUUAAGAAAAACAAACAAAAUCGAGGGUCCCAAACCAGUUGGGCCAAACCACAGCAUCUUAUACAAGCCCUACGACUUAUCGAAACCGCAAAAUGAUUUUCAAAAAUACAGUUUCGAUUACCUUAAAGCUAAAGAGUCGGAGUUUGGGUCCUUACCGCCACUUGGAGGGUUGAGGCAGACGGUUUCUCAAAUUGGGGAGCAGGUUCCUAAAGAGAGGGAGAUGCCUAAAGUGAUUGAGAAUCAGAAGAGGCCAGAUUCAGCCAGUUCUGUGGUGUCUUCGACUUCAAGUGGUGCUUUAUCGACUUGUGGGAGUACGGAUACGAAUAGUCAGUCAGGCAACGGGACAUUGUGGCCUGCCUGGGUCUACUGCACCAGAUACAGUGAUCGGCCUAGCUCCGGUCCCAGAAGUAGAAGAAUGAAGAAGAAAGCCACACCAGAAGAGAAAAGACCGAGAACUGCCUUCAGCGCCGCUCAGCUUGCUAGAUUAAAGCACGAGUUCGCGGAGAACCGCUACCUGACAGAGAGAAGACGGCAGAGCCUGGCAGCGGAGCUGGGCCUGGCGGAGGCUCAGAUCAAGAUCUGGUUCCAGAACAAGCGAGCCAAGAUCAAGAAGGCGUCUGGCCAGAGGAACCCGCUGGCGCUGCAGCUCAUGGCACAAGGCUUGUACAACCACAGCACUGUUACUGAGAGUGACGAAGAAGAAGAGAUUAAUGUCACGUAAUUUUGUUAAUGGAAAGUGGCAUGACCAUCAUUGAUUAAUUAAUUUUUUUAGGUUGUUAAUGGAAAGUGGCAUGACCAUAAUUGAUUAACUACAUUUUGUAGCGUUACGGAAGGUUUUUGGCACCGAUUUAAUGAAAGAUGGCAGUGCCACUUCUGGUCACAAUUUGUAUCUCGUCCAAUACUGUAAUGUAUACAGAGAAUGUAUUAUAAAUAGUGGUAGUAGCCACUUCUGGUCAAGAAUAAGUGCGUCAUUUAAUUGUGUGGAGAAUUCUAGUUGAUAUAUUUAUUAAAGCAUAGUAAUAAUGCUUAAUUUUCCGCCCAAUAAUUUAGGAGAGAAAUAAUUAAUCAAAAGUGGCAUGACCACCUUUGAUUAAUUUAUAUAUGGGCUGCCUUUUUGUAUCGCCAUUUUGAGACUAUGAUGCCUAAUAUUAUAAUGACAUUAAGGAACUAUUUCACAAUGUCUUAUAAAGCUUCUAAUAUGCUAACUGACGGAUAAUUUAACGUACAUCUUAAAUUAUGUGUCAGUUAGGAUAAUGGCGACUUUAGGUGCUUUUCCAUCAGAGAUAUGCUAUGAAGAUGUAAUAGCUAAGCUGUGUAACUAUGUGACCGUUUCCACUGAUACUAAGCUAUGUAGCUGUGUGAGGAAGAUGCGGGUAUCGAUAGUCGAGAAGCCAUCCAUAGCACGCAUCUUUCCAUAUAAAAAACAUAGAUUAGCUGAAUCCGUUUCCACCAGUGCGAAGCUGUGUACCAAUGAAUAUGAUUGGUGGAAGCCAAACGUAUUCACAGCAACGUAGCAUAGCACAUCUCUGGUGGAAAAGCAACAAUAAUUAGGCAUUAUGAAAUAGACAUGUAAUAGAAAACGGUUCUUUAAUAAAUAUUAAAGUAUAUGUUCCUGGUAGACUAUUGUUAUAUAAAUAAAUAGAUAUUAGAAUAGGUAUUUAUUACUAAUCAGUAUAAAAUAGUUUGUUUAUAAGGAUAUUGUACAUAUGCUGUUAAUAUAUAGGUUAAUAGAAGCUGCUUUGCGAGAAUAUAGUCCUUUUUUGCAUAACUCCCGAACGAUUUGCACUGAUAUCGACUAAUUUUCUUUUUGUGUGGAUUGUCAUAGAAUUAAUCUUGAUAUAAUAGGGAUGAUGACGGGUAUGAAAAUUAAAAAUCUAUUUAGUCCGUCAGUUAGAUAAUGAAAAAAUAUUAGACACGUAUUUUUUAU